GGGGCAUCAUGUGGAGUAUCGCCCGGACCCGGGACGGAGCUGAUUUCUCAGCAACUUGCGGAGUUCCGCCCACUAUUACGGGAUGACCUAGAACGGUGUCAAUCGCCGCGUGUCGUUUGCCUUUAAAUGAAGGAUUUUCCUGGAGUCAAUAUUCUCAGAAUCAACUCAAAGAUCGAAGAAACAUCAUUCCUUCUUUUGUUGUCCUGCGUCACCGAUCGGCCACUCGCAUCUAAAACUCUGCCAGACAUCACCAACCACUCGCCCACCCCUUCACAAUGGCCUCCCUCGCCAUAACCGCCAUCUCCGACCCAGUCUGUCCCUUCUGCUACCUCGGCCUCAUACGCCUUAACCGCGCCAUCGAGCUCUACCGCAAAACGGUGCCCGGCGCCUCCGCCACCCCCAUCACCAUCGCCUGGCACGCCUUCCAGCUGGACCCCGCCGCGCCACGCCGCGUCUCGCAGCCGCUGGCGGCCAAGAUGGCAUCCCGCUGGGGCGCGGACCGCGUGCCCGAGAUUCAGGGCAAGCUGCGCAACGCGGGGCUGAGCGGGGGCGUGCAGUUCAACUUCAACUCGCGCAUCGGCAACACGAUUGAGGCGCAUCGGCUGGCGGCGCUCGCGAGGCGGAUGGAUCCGCGCGGCGAGGAGGGCCUCCAGCACAAGGUCUCGCAGGAGACGAUGCAGAUGUACUUUGAAGGUGGUGGCGACAUUACGAGCACGGAUGACCUCGUGGGUGCGGCGUCACGGGCGGGUAUCGAUGCGGACGAGGCCAGGGCGUGGAUUGAGAGCGACCAAGGGCUCGAGGAGGUUCAGCUGGAGGUCGAUGAGGCGGUCAGCAUGGGCAUCAGGGGAGUCCCGCGGUUUAUUAUCAACGACAAAUUUGUCGUCGAGGGGGCGGAUGAUGUAGGCGUGUUUCUGGAGCAGCUUGUUCUUGCCCGCCAGGAUGGAUUGGGAGGGAAUUAGAGGGGGUUUGGUAUAAGAGGGUGAGUUGACAAGACUUAGCGAUAUAUAUUAGAAUUGCGUGUAGAAUUGGCAGUUUAGUGCAGUUGGUUUGGUAUUGGUUAA